ACACACCGUGGUGGAUACGAUUUCUCCUGCUUUGGCAGCAUCUGGUAGCCUGGACCCUCCUUCCCCCUGGGGCCUGAGGCAUUGCCCAUUAGCCUGGAGGAGGAAGAGAAGCUGAAGCCCCAGCCCCUCCCAGGGGCCAGGACAAGGGGCUCAGGCACCACCAACCAUGGGCAGCUAUGAAAUGAGGGGCUUCCUUUGGAAAUUUAGCCUGGUCUUCCCUCUGCUGACUGUGGGCCCUGGGGGCUGCAGUCACAUCUCCAGCAACCAAGUUGUAUUGCUUGAUACAACCACUGCAAUUGGAGAGCUAGGAUGGAAAACCUAUCCUCUAAACGGGUGGGAUGCCAUAACAGAAAUGGAUGAAUAUAAUCGCCCCAUCCAUACUUACCAGGUAUGUAAUGUUAUGGAACCCAACCAAAACAACUGGCUUCGUACAAAUUGGAUCUCCCGUGAUGCAGCCCAGAAAAUUUAUGUGGAAAUGAAGUUUACACUGAGAGACUGCAACAGCAUUCCAUGGGUACUGGGGACAUGCAAAGAAACAUUUAACCUCUACUACCUGGAAUCAGAUGAAUCCCAUGGAAUUAAAUUCAAGCCAAACCAGUACAGUAAAAUUGAUACUAUUGCGGCUGAUGAGAGUUUUACUCAAAUGGAUUUGGGUGAUCGCAUCCUUAAACUGAACACAGAAGUUCGUGAGGUGGGACCGAUAAACAGGAAAGGAUUUUUUCUUGCUUUUCAAGAUAUUGGUGCGUGCAUUGCUUUGGUCUCUGUCCGUGUUUACUACAAAAAGUGUCCUUUCACUGUUCGAAAUUUGGCUAUGUUUCCUGAUACUAUUCCAAGGGUUGAUUCUUCCUCUUUAGUGGAAGUACGAGGUUCCUGUGUGAAGAGUGCUGAGGAGCGGGACACUCCAAAAUUAUACUGUGGAGCAGAUGGGGAUUGGCUUGUGCCUCUAGGACGAUGUAUCUGCAGUGUUGGAUAUGAAGAAGUGGAAGGUUCCUGCCAUGCUUGCAAAUCAGGAUUCUAUAAAGCGUUUGCUGGGAAUAUAAAGUGUUCCAAGUGCCCUCCACACAGUCAAACUUUUGUGGAAGCAACAUCCGUGUGUCAGUGUGAAAAAGGUUACUUUCGAGCUGAGAAGGAUCCACCAACUAUGGCAUGUACCCGGCCUCCUUCUGCUCCAAGGAAUGUUAUUUUUAACAUAAAUGAAACAGCUCUUAUGUUGGAAUGGAGCCCACCAAGUGACACAGGAGGGAGAAAAGACCUCACCUAUAGUGUAAUUUGUAAGAAAUGUGGUUCUGAUGCCAGCCAGUGUGAGAUAUGCGGAGGAGGAAUCCGAUUCGUUCCAAGACAUAGUGGGCUAAUCAAUUCCUCAGUGACGGUGCUUGAUUUUAUAUCCCAUGUGAACUACACUUUUGAAAUAGAAGCCAUGAACGGAGUCUCCGAAUUAAGUUUUUCACCCAAGCAGUUCACAGCUAUCACAAUUACCACAGACCAAGAUGCACCCUCCUUGAUAGGUAUGGUCAGGAAGGACUGGGCUUCCCAAAACAGCAUUGCCCUCUCAUGGCAAGAGCCUGAUUUUCCUAAUGGAGCCAUUCUGGACUACGAGAUCAAGUACUAUGAGAAAGUCUACCCACGGAUAGCGCCGGCAUUUUGGCACUACCUGCGGGUAGAAGAGCAUGAGCAGCUCAGCUAUUCCUCCACAAGGUCGAAGGCUCCAAGUGUUAUCGUCACAGGCCUUAAACCAGCCACCAAGUACAUAUUUCAUAUCAGAGUCAGGACUGCAACAGGAUACAGUGGCUAUAGCCAGAAGUUUGAAUUUGAAACUGGAGAUGAAACUUCAGAUAUAGCAGCAGAACAGGGGCAGAUUCUGGUCAUUGCCACGGCUGCUGUUGGUGGAUUUACUCUCCUAGUCAUCCUCACCCUGUUCUUCCUCAUCACUGGAAGGUGCCAGUGGUAUAUAAAGGCAAAAAUGAAGUCUGAAGAAAAACGAAGAGCUCAUUUGCAAAAUGGACAUUUGCGAUUUCCAGGAACCAAAACAUACAUUGAUCCAGACACAUAUGAAGACCCAUCACUGGCUGUUCAUGAAUUUGCUAAGGAAAUAGAUCCAUCACGAAUUCGUAUUGAGAGAGUUAUUGGGGCAGGUGAAUUUGGAGAAGUGUGCAGUGGUCGCCUAAAAACACCCGGGAAAAGGGAGAUUCCUGUGGCAAUAAAAACUUUGAAAGGUGGAUAUGUGGACAGACAGCGACGGGAUUUCCUACGAGAAGCUAGUAUCAUGGGACAGUUUGAUCACCCAAAUAUUAUCCGCCUUGAAGGAGUUGUUACAAAAAGAUCCUUCCCGACCAUUGGGGUGCAGUCUCUUUGCCCAAGAUUCCUGAGGGAAGGAUUUUUAAAUAACAUUCCAGCCCCACAUCCUCUGUCAAGGGGAGGAUCUUUACCCCCCAGGAUUUCCUCUGGCAGACCAGUAAUGAUUGUGGUUGAAUACAUGGAGAAUGGAUCCCUUGACUCCUUUCUACGGAAGCAUGAUGGCCACUUCACAGUCAUCCAGCUGGUUGGCAUGCUACGUGGAAUUGCUUCUGGCAUGAAAUACCUCUCAGAUAUGGGCUAUGUACAUCGAGACUUGGCAGCUCGGAAUAUUUUGGUCAACAGUAAUCUCAUGUGUAAAGUCUCUGAUUUUGGAUUAUCACGGGUAUUAGAGGAUGACCCUGAAGCAGCUUAUACAACAAGUGGUGGAAAAAUUCCCAUAAGAUGGACAGCUCCUGAAGCUAUAGCCUACAGGAAGUUCUCUUCAGCAAGUGACGCAUGGAGUUAUGGGAUUGUCAUGUGGGAAGUGAUGUCAUAUGGAGAAAGACCAUACUGGGAGAUGUCCAACCAAGAUGUCAUUCUGUCUAUAGAAGAAGGCUAUAGGCUUCCAGCUCCCAUGGGCUGCCCAGCUUCUCUCCAUCAGCUAAUGCUUCAUUGCUGGCAAAAGGAGAGAAACCACCGCCCAAAGUUCACUGACAUCGUCAGCUUCCUGGACAAAUUGAUACGCAACCCCAGCUCUCUUCAUACACUAGUGGAAGAUGUACUUGUAAUGCCAGAUUCACCUGGUGAACUUCCAGAAUACCCUUUCUUUGUAUCAGUCAGUGAUUGGCUGGACUCAAUAAAAAUGGGCCAAUACAAAACAAACUUCAUGGCAGCAGGGUAUACAACUAUGGAUCUUGUUUCAAGAAUGAGUAUCGAUGACAUUAGAAGAAUUGGUGUUGUACUUAUUGGACACCAGAGACGAAUAGUGAGCAGUUUACAGACUUUGCGAUUACACAUGAUGCACAUACAGGAGAAAGGAUUUCAUGUAUGAAAGUUCUAGAAGCAACUGUGUUUUGUGCCUCAGCAUUUCUAAAAUGGAAGAUACUCUCAUUCCUUCUUUCUGCUCUUUCCAGCUUCAAGAACUGCAACUUCCUAUUCAUACGAUAAACACAUAAUGUUUAUGUUAAUACUUCCAACGUGGAAUUUUUAAUCACUCUGCAUAGUUCCUUCCUCUAUUAACUGCCAAUAACAACCUGGCCCACUGCAAGACUGUUGCUACACAAUGGUGAAUAGCUCGGCAUGGAUGUUUGACUUUGUAUAACAGUAAGAGUAUCUGGAAAACUUUCAUGGACUUCUUUGAAAGUUAAAGCCUUCAUGGCUAGAAGUGGCUACCUUCUUGAUGUAUUAGAGUUUGAUGGUAGAUUACAAAAAAAGAAAAGAAAAAGUAAUUGACAUUACUUUUGAUGUUUUGUGACCAUUUAGCUUCCAAUAUAAAAUGUGCAAUCAAGAAAAAGAGUUUGACAUAAAUAUUUAUUUUAUUGUUAACUAAAUCCCAAAUGUAUGGGUUGUAUUGUUAUGUUUCCUUUGUAAUGGUUGAUUUGCUGGUAUGCUGGUAUGGAAGUUGUAAGAAUUCUUGGUCAAAAUGAGCAAUGAAAACUUAUAGUGAAUACUUGUGCUUGUGGACAGGUGGAAGUAGAUAACUGGAAAGGGUGAUAGGUUAUCAAGUUUUCGUGAUGCCAAAUGUUUUUGUUUGGCUGUCAGAUUUCUCCCUAUAAAGUUUAGAGUAGGUUUCAAAAUUAAUUUAAACAUUGGCUAGUUUUACUGUUACUAAUUUUUUAAU